AUGGCGAUUGGGCACAGGUGGUGGCCAGUCACGGCCGCAGUGCUGCUGGUUCUUCUCGCCUGCCUGGGGGCGAUGGUUGACGCCUACCCCUCCAGACCCGAGGCUCCCGGCGAGAACGCCUCCCCGGAGGAGCUGAGCCGCUACUACACCUCUCUGCGCCACUACCUCAACCUGAUCACCCGGCAGCGGUAUGGGAAACGGGACAUCCCUGAAGUCUUCCUCUGGAAGCUGCUCUGCCCAGGCAGUGAGGAUCACCCCAUCAGGUCGAGCUCGGAAGGCGCUUACCUGUGGUGA